AUGUCCACACCUGAAGAUUUCUCCGUCCCUUCGACGCCGUCUAGCACGGCAUUUGAUCACGACGACUACCCUAAUGGCGUAGGCCUUGCCGACAGAGAGCUUUCCAAAGAACGGAGAAAGCUUCUAGAUUUAAUGAAUCGUAUGAGCAACACAGGGGCACAGAAAGAUAUUGACCUGCCUCAGAUCGCCGUCAUCGGCCAGCAGAGCGCUGGAAAGUCGUCGCUCAUCGAAUCGAUAUCCGGAAUCACCCUGCCCAGAGCUAGUGGGACAUGUACGAGAUGCCCGACAGAAUGUCGUCUACUAUAUUCCUCGGCUCCUUGGAAGUGUACAGUCUCUCUUCGUAUGGCUGACACUCACGGAAAGCUCGACACCAAACAAUUUGGUGAAGUCAUCUACGACAAGAGUCAGGUUGAAGAGAGAUUGAGAAGAGCCCAGAGAGCGAUCUUGAAUCCUAAGGAGCCGAUGAAGGAUUUCAUAGUUGGAGAAGAUAAAGAUCUUUCGAAAAAUCAGCUUACCUUCUCUAGUGAUUGCGUGUCCCUCCAAAUCAACGGGCCUGAUGUGGCGGACCUGUCGUUUUGCGAUUUACCUGGCCUCAUUGCAAGCGUAAGCACAGGCGGAAACCAGAAUGAUAUCAAACUGGUUGAGAGUCUGGUCGAGUCGUAUAUCAUGAAGCCAAGCUGUGUGAUCUUGUUGACGGUGGCAUGCGAAACGGACUUUGAGAACCAGGGCGCGUAUUCCCUGGCUAAGAAGCAUGACCCUAAGGGAAAGAGGACAAUAGGUGUCCUUACCAAGCCCGAUCGUAUUGCUAGCGGGGACGAGGAUAGAUGGAUUGCGUUCAUACGAAAUGAAAGGGAGCCGCUCGAGAACAAUUGGUACUGCGUGAAGCAGCCGUCGUCUGUUGAACUUGGCCAGAAAAUUACUUGGCAGCAGGCUCGAGAGAAGGAGAGAGACUGGUUUCGUACGACUGCUCCUUGGAAAGACCUCGACUCGUUCUACAAGGGAUACCUCCAAACUGCGAAUUUGGUCGCACGUCUUGGUUCUAUCCUGUCGGAUCUCAUUGCCAAGAGGCUACCGGAUAUCCAAAAGGAGGUCGACGCCGCUAUUCAAGAGACGUCUCAGAAGAUCGCUGCGCUGCCUAAGGCCCCGUCGUCGAAUCCCCUGCAUGAGAUAUCUGCUCUUCUUCAUGCCUUUACCAUUGGUUUAGCGUCGCAUAUUCAGGGAAUCCCGGAUGAGGAUGGGAUGAUUCAGACGAUUCGGCCUGUUCAAGAGAAAUUCCAGCGGGAAAUCCGAUCCACGGCACCGGAUUUUCGGCCAUUUGAGCGCAAGCAUGCUGGGAAACGGAGACUUACACGACCAGAGUUCCUUUUGAAUGAUGAUGAGGAAGACGAUAGACCGGAGGAACCGAUGGAGGAGGCCGAUGAUUUUAUGCCCGACGAUAGUAAUACUAUCUACAUCGACGAGCUGUGGACUCGAGCUCUUCACGCUCGAACAAGAGAGCUUCCCGGAAACUUCCCCUUCAUCGUAAAGGCCUCGUUCAUUUACAUGUUCAUCGAGAAGUGGAAAAGACCAGCGAAGGCUCUGUGCCAUGCCGUUCAUCGGAUUCUCUCUGAGCAUGCAGCCAAGGUUGUCACUCAUCACUUUGGUGGCUAUGGGCAGGGCGUCCUGGAGCAACGUAUUCAGGUGUUCGUCCAAGACUACCUGAAAUUGCAGCUCCAGCGCACCGAAGAAAAGGUGGAUUGGCUGUAUGCCCUUGAAGACCUCCCGUUUACUCUGAAUACCCUGUAUCUUGCGGAUUACAACGCCAAGUUCUUCGCGUAUUAUAAAGGUGCUAGGCAGCGGGCUUCUAGCAGCGAUGUCCUUUCCAAGCUUCAGUGCUUUCAAAAUGGAGUGCAAAAUGCAGGGAUACAGUAUACGACCAAUUCUAUUACAAAUGCAAUCAGUGCGCUCAGCGCCAUCGGGAUAGAUGGUAUCAAAGCAAAUGAUCUAGCGAGACUACUCCCUCCUGACCCGAUGGAGCCCGCGCUAAGUAUUAUGGCGGAAGUGCGAGCGUAUUUCCAAGUGGCGUACAAACGGUUCACGGAUGUCAUCCCCCUCGCUAUCGACCACGAUCUUGUUCGGGGUCUUAAUCGUGAUUUACUGGAAACGUUGUCGGAUAGACUGGGGAUCUACAGGCCUGAGGGAAAGGAUUUAUGCAAGAGGCUGGCGCUGGAGAAUCCACAGGUGUCAGAGAAGAGGAAGGAAUUGGAGAAGAAGAUGGAGAGGCUGCAGGAUGCGAGUAAUGAGUUGUUGAACGUGAUAUUUUGA